AUAUGACCAAUAUGACUCACAAAAGCAUGUUACAUCUUUAUCUCUCAUCUUUAUUUGUGUUCGUUUUAUAUUUAUCUAAUUUAAUGCGAUGAAACGAAUUUACGUACGUACGGUUGUAGAACGCGAUCUUUGCAAAAGAAACAUUAAUUGAAUGAAUAAAUUCGAGAAUACAAUAUAUAUAAUACACAGAGUGUCAGAGAUAAAAGGACACGUACGAUGGAAUUACAUAUCAGUUUAGUUAUGUGUUAAUUUCCGCACAACAUCCGGAAUUAAGCAUUCUCGAUGAAGACAUCAUAAAAAAUCGUUACACGUUCUUUGAUUGGAAUAAGUAGGGUUUGAGUACUGAUUGGUACAAUUAAAAAUGGAAGAGGAUGAUGAAGUUUCUGUACCAUGGAGACAAAAAUCUAGAACUAAUAGCUCAGCGACGAGCCUGUACCGGUCUAUACAAAGUGGUUUAAAUAUAGGAUCCGCACAAACAUUAUAUCAGAGUGUGCCCAAUAUUUUACUGAAUGAUGCUGGAAGCAUGAACAGCUUAAACAGCGUACACAGUGGAAUGUCCAUGAAAGAUGUUCGACAAUCACGUAGCGAAGAUCUGUCGAGUCUUAACAAUGAUACCAAUGAAACGUAUCUCGACGGUAGCUGUACAGAUUUGAGGAACAGUAGAAGCGGCUCCAGAUCGGUUUCAAAAGGUGGAACUGCGUUCAGUUUGUACUUUCGAGAUGAAAUUCGUACAAUUGAUUUUGUACUCGUUUGGGACGAAUACAAUACAGAAGCACAGACGUUCCGCUGCAGCGAAUUCAGACGUGUAUUUGAGAAGAAUUUGGAGAAAGAAGGUUUGAAUUUGGAAUACGAACCAUCAGAACCGAAUGGUUUGCAUUUCAUAAAGAUACACGCGCCCCGAGAAGUGCUAAGACGCUAUGCGGAAAUAUUGAAACUUCGAUUACCAAUGAAAGAAUUACCAGGCAUCAAGAUUUCUGACAAUCGUAGCAAUACAUUGAUUGAAGAAGUGAACACUCUAUUCAAAAGAAUUAUGAACAAAUAUUACGUGGAUCAAACGAUAUUUCCGAUAUUGAAACACAAUUUCACGGCCGUUUAUAGCCGCGAUAAGGAAUACUUAUUCGAUUUGGACUCGCCGAACUUCUUUACUGCUGCGACACGUGCCAGAAUUGUACAAUUUAUUCUUGAUAGAACGAGAUUCUCCGAAAGUAAAGCUGACGAUUUUGCAUUCGGAAUAGAUAGAUUGAUAUCAGAAAAAGCGUACGUGGCCGCGUAUCCGCUUCACGAUGGAGAUUUAAAAGCACCGGAGUCCAUGAGGUAUAUUCUUUAUAAGGAAUGGGCAAGUUUAAGCAAAUGUCUUCACUAUCAACCGUUAGAUUACAUCAAGGAGUAUUUCGGAGUAAAGAUCGGGCUCUAUUUUGCUUGGCUCGGAUUCUAUACGCACAUGUUGAUACCCGCUAGCAUCGUCGGCCUUCUGUGCUUCAUAUACAGUUGCGCGACUUUAUAUUCCAAUGAGCCAAGCGAAGAUAUCUGUAAUCGUAACGGUACCAUAAAAAUGUGUCCCUUGUGCGAUCACUUCUGCGGAUAUUGGGACUUGAAACAAACCUGUUUACACGCAAGGAUCACAUAUCUAUUCGAUAAUCCAUCUACCGUGUUCUUCUCUAUAUUUAUGUCCUUAUGGGCUACUUUGUUCUUGGAAUUGUGGAAACGCUACUCGGCAGAGAUAACUCACAAAUGGGACUUGACUGGUUUAGAUGCUCAAGAGGAACACCCUCGACCCCAGUACUUAGCGCGUUUGGCGCACAUAAAAAAGAAAUCGCUCAAUAUUAUCACGAACACGGAAGAGCCGAAAGUUCCAUUUUGGAAGAUGAGAGUACCCGCGACGAUUCUCAGUUUCUCUGUAGUCUUGCUUCUGAUAGCAAUAGCGAUGGCUGCAGUGCUAGGUGUAGUUUUAUAUAGAAUGUCUGUCUUAACCGCCCUGAGUGUUUAUGGACAUCCUAUGAUAACAAGCUAUGCAAUACUGUUCACAACAGCCACUGCAGCUAGUAUUAAUCUCUGCUGUAUUAUAAUAUUCAAUUGGGUUUACGUUUGGCUAGCCGAAUACCUGACGGAGGUUGAACUCCUUCGAACUCAAACUGAAUUUGAUGAUAGCUUAACAUUAAAGAUAUACCUGCUCGAAUUUGUUAACUACUACGCUUCCAUAUUUUACAUAGCAUUUUUUAAAGGGAAAUUCGUUGGUUACCCAGGCAAUUACAAACGUUUCUUCGAAUAUCGGCAAGAGGAAUGCGGACCAGGCGGUUGCCUCAUGGAAUUGUGCAUACAGCUGAGCAUAAUUAUGAUUGGCAAACAAGCGAUGAACACGAUACUAGAAAUGUUGUUUCCUCUGUUUUACAAAUGGUUAAACACAUUGAAAGUUCACGUCGGGAUGACUAAGGAUCAAGACGGGCACAAGAAAGUCAAUACGCGGAAGUACCUCCAGUGGAUCAAAGAUUAUAAACUAGUCGAAUGGGGCCCAAGAAGUUUGUUCCCCGAAUACUUAGAAAUGGUGCUGCAAUAUGGAUUUGUUACUAUAUUUGUCGCUGCAUUUCCAUUAGCGCCAUUUUUCGCGCUGUUGAAUAACGUUUUCGAAAUGCGAUUAGAUGCGAAAAAAUUAUUAAAAAUGUAUAGGAGGCCAGUAGGACAACGUGUGAUAGAUAUAGGAAUAUGGUACCGUAUCCUCGAUUCCAUCUCCAAGUUUUCCGUUAUAACCAAUGCAUUCAUCAUAGCUUUUACUUCGAAUUUUAUACCAAGAUUAGUGUAUCGACUAGCCGUGUCCGACAAUUAUUCCUUAGAAGGAUUUUUAGAUCACUCUCUUUCCAAGUUUAAUACAAGUGAUCUGAAGAAUGGUACCGAACCAUUCAUCGUGCCACCCGAUGAACGAGUUGACAUAUGUAAAUACCCAGAUUACAGGGAACCACCUGAUUCGCCAAAUAAAUAUCAGUACUCAAUUAUGUUUUGGCAUGUGCUCGCAGCAAGACUGGCUUUCAUCGUCGUAUUCGAGAACGUCGUCGCCCUCGUGAUGAUACUCGUGCAUUGGUGCAUCCCGGACAUGAAUCCGAAGCUACGAGAUAAAAUUCGUCGCGAAGCGUACAUCACUAAUGAAAUUAUUAUUCAACGAGAAGCGCUUCGAGCUUUCGAAAGAUCCACCGACGACGAGAUGCAUCGACACAUUGUAACGUUGAAUGAAAACGCGAAUCGGUGGAAUAGAGUGAUGAGGAGCAGUUUAUCUAAUACCGAUUUCGAUUUAGAAGUUCAUGGGAGCCCUGUGUCACCAAACACGCAUUCACGCGUAGGUUCCGCAGCAGUAUGAUCCUGGAUGAAAAUUCAAUGUUUGGAGUUAUCACUGUGAUUAACGUUUGAUCGUGUGAUCUUAACGUUUACGUCUGCCUAUUUACUUGACAUUAAUUGCAAGAUCUAUAACCUAAUAUUAAUAGCGAGAUGAAAGCACGAGAGACAUGUAUGUAUGUACAGUAGUCACUCUUCAUGACUAAUAUUAUUUAAACAGGGCGGAAAGGAGGAAUCUCAUUAUAAAUAAUACUUAUCUUGUAAAGUAUGUGGACAUAUGUUUCUCGCAUAACUUAUAUCAAACUUAUGUUAAAGAUCUGAGCAUAAAUUUCGUAUUUCUUAUCUUUUACGAUGAUAUUUACGACGAUAUCUGAUAUUGCAAUUAAUUUAUUCAAUUAAUACAUCUAUUGUUAUUGUAUUAUAUACUUUAGAGUCUAAUGUUAUCAAGUCUUCCUCUUUUUAAAGUUCCUUUAAUAAUUGUAAUAUGUCUAUUAUUCAACUCGACUUACAGAAUUUGCGGACUAAUUAAUCGUAAUUAUAUUUUUAAUUCGGCCAUGUCUUACCACAGUACAGUCCAAAUCUACCUCCAGAAUGGAUGCAAAACACUAUUCUCUACUUUUUAUAAGAAACACAUUUUUAAACACUUGUUCAGCUGCCAUAUACAUAUAUAAAAUACAAAUACAACGCGAACA